AUGGCUGUUCAGGUUGACGGGAGGCAUCAUAUUAGGGUUGAUCUGGCCACACCUACUAAUGACACUCACUGUUCUGUGUUUGUAGGUAAUGUACCUUUUGGGACUGAUGAAGAGAAACUGAGAAAAGUAUUUGAGUCCUGUGGUCUUAUUGAUGGCAUUCAUAUCGUUAAAGACACUAGGACUGGCAUUAACAAAGGGUUUGCUAACUUUGCUUAUGUCAAAUUCAAAGACAGCAGCGCUUGCAAGAAUAACGAGAGAAUUGAACUAGAGGGACCGAAACUAAGAGUCUGUUGCUGUCACAGCGAUAAGUCAAAGUUCCAGACUAAAUUUGGAGGAGCCAAGUCCCAAGCUGGUCGUAAUAAGAAGUUUCUCAAGUCGUUCCAACCUUCAAAGAGAAAGGGAAAGACUGAUAAGAAGAAGACUAAACUGAGUAGGAAAGAGAAAUCAGUUAAAAGGAAAGAGAAACCAAGAAGAAUAAAUAAAUAGAUAAAUUAAUAAACAUAUGUAAAGAAUUAUAAUGCAUUAAUUACUUUUCUAAUUAGCACUAUGUUACUAAAGUAUACCAAUUAUCAGAUGAUUUCCUCCUCACUUUAAGAUUAA